AUGAUAAAUUAGAAAUUAUUUUGCUUGAAAAUAAAGGAUUUGAAAUUGUUUGUUAUCCCACAAAUAUUCUAUAUCAUAGAUGAGUAAAAUAAAUUGAUUAGUUUUUAUUAAAUUAAUAAAUUAGUCAACUACUUGUUGCCUACCAAAAGUUAUAUACAUGAAAUACCAAACUCCUAUUCAAGAACUUAUACACCCUAAUGUUAUGAGAUUAUUCAAGAGAUCGAUUAAUCAAAACCUAAAACAAUCUCUUAUGAAUUCAAAAAUGAAUGUUAGUCAAAUGAGCAAAUUAUUAUUAAAAAAAUUGACUACGAUUUUCCUGUUUAUUAGGAAUUUUCAAAUUUGGGAGAAUAUGAAGACACUCUAAAGUAUAUUGUCGAGGAUGUAUAUUUGAAGGAUGUUUGUCCUGAUAUUGAAUAAUACUUAGAGGAGUUUGAUUUAUUGUUCUAUCACUCAAAAACCCUAGAAAAUUAUGCUAUUCUAAAAUCUAAUGAUACACUCUAAGUUCUAUAUUGCACUAACCAAAGCACCAUUUAAAAGGAUGUUAGAAACCACCAAGUAAUUCAGUAUUAAGAUAGUUUUCUUUUGAUAAAGAAAAAGGAAUAAUCAGCAAAAGUAAUCUCUUAUUCGAUUGGGUCCAAUAAAUAAGAUUAAAUUCAAAUAUAAUCUUAAAUCAUAGAAAUACUUUAAUUUAAAUAAUAUGUGAUAUUAGUGACUGAAAAUGAAUCAGAAAUAAUUUUUUUGGAUCUCUCAAAUAAUAAAUAAAAGAAGAUUACAAAAAGGGUAAAAUUUAUGUUGAAAUAAUUUAAGAAAUAGGAAAAUUAAAAUAAAUAGAUUUAAUUUUAUUUUGCUCAGUUUCAUUACUUUCAAAUAUAUUAAAUCAAUAGAUAAUUGGUAAUUGAUCAGUAUUUUGAAAUCAGCAUCUACGAAAUCAAAGAUAUAACUAUCAUUUAUUCUGGCGAAUCUCAGAGAAUUUCAAAUUCUUAAAUAAUUCCUAAUAAAUAUUGUGUAAUAGGCAUACACAAUUAAUAUAACAUCAUAAAAUAAUACAUUUUAGAUGAUUCUCUGAAACUGUUAGAAAAUUAUUAGAUAGAUGAUUAUGAUUUCAUCAGACCUAUUAAAUUCUAAAAUUCAAAGGAAAAUCUAGCAAUUGCAUUGAAUCAAUAAGAUUAAAACUAUCUGUUUAUAUUUUCAAUUGAAUAACCUAUUAAAUUGAUAAAGAUCUUAAAAAUAAGUAAAUUAAAUUUUCAUUUACAGAACCAUUUAGUAUAUUACUACAACAAAAACGAAGAAUAUCAGAUUUUCGAUAUCAAGUACUUUAAAAUUUCUUAUAUGAAUCUAGCUGAAAAUUAAAAAUAAAUAGUUUUGUAGGAGACAAUACCAAUAUUAUUUAAGCAUCAAGAAGAGGAAGCCUCUCCCAAUUAAUUAUUUUUGGAGAUCCGCAUCAAUAAUUACUGUAGAAAAUUGAAUUCUAAAAAAAAUGAAAUAACAAUUUAAGUUUAAGACGAAGAGAUUAUACGAAUUGAAGAUAUUGACAUGUUCUAAGGCCCAAUUGAUAAACUAAUGUUAUUGAAUAAUCCUAAAUUAAAAUUAGUAGGGCCAUUUCUAUAGUAGUAAGAAAUAUAAGAAUGUACAGAAUUACAAAACAUUUGCAUUACAAAGAUGGGUUUAGAACAACCUUGGAAUAAAGACGAAUAAACAUUAUUCUACAGUUUAAAGUAUUAUAAUAGAUAUAAGGUUCUGCCAUUUUAUUAUAAUAAAAAUUUGGAGAAUGAUGAAUUCGUAAUAAAAAAUGCUUACAUUUUUCGAAAUAUUUAUGUAUUAUGCUUUUAUGAAAUAGAGAAGACAGUGUUUGCUAAUAUUUUAUAAUUUAAUAAGACUUAAUUGUAUUAAUAUUUUGAACCUAUGCCAUUGAAAGAGUUUAAGAAUGGAGACUUGGAGUAUGCUUAAUUUUAUUAAUCCAAUAACUUAAUUUUAAUUAAAUCAAACUCAUCAUAAUUAUUACUAAAAGUAACUCCAAAUAUGAUUAAUGAAAUUGGAAAAAAUUUUGAUUUAUCCAAUAUUCUAUUAAUCAAAAAUUCUGAUAAUUAAUAUAUUGAAAUAAGAAUUAUCAAGAAAAUAGAUGAAUUCUAUUUCUUAUUCAAUGUUUUUGAGUUAAUCAGCUUCAAUCUAUUCAUCUAGAAUUCCUAUAAGAUUUAUUUUGACCAAAUAGUAAGUGCUCUUUCUCCACACAUAAGUAUUGCUAUAUAUUAAUUUGAUGAAGACUUCAAAAAUCAAUUGCUUGAGGCAGUUCUUGUCAAUAAUCAAAUUGAAAUUAAGGUCUUACAAUUGACCUUGAGUUUUUCUGUAAUAAGCACAAUUAUAAUUAAAUCUGAUAUUAUCUCUUAUGAUGUUCAAAAGGUACUAAGGCAUCCGAGAACCUCAGAAAUACUAACAUUUUAAUAUUAUGAUAGCAAUACCCUUAUCUUAUCAAAUUCGAUAUCGAAAAAUUCCUAUUUAUAUGACUUACGAUAGAAAAAACCAUUUUAUGAUUAUAUUUUUAGAAUGGAUGAUAAUACGCUAAAAUUAUACCCCUUAAAUACUACACAUUUUUUAUUUUAUUUUAAUGAGAUCAAUCAAUUCAAAAUAGGAUAAAUAGGGUUCGAAAUCUAGAGACUAGAAGAGUUGGAUGACGUUGAAACUUGUAUGAUAACGGCUGUGAAUUAAUUAUCCCAAUCAUAAUUCACAUUAAUAAUUAAAAGAUUUGUAUUGUUAUCAAAGGAAGCAAAAAUCGUGACUACAUCUGCAAUAUUACUUGGCUCAUUCUAUUUGGUAAGAAGAAGCAAAUUAAAACAGUAACGUGCCUAAAGCCAAGUCUUUUUAAACACAUAAAAUGCAGCAAGCAACAAUGAUUGA